CCUGCUUCACCUGUCUGCACUCAGCUGAUUACUGCAGGUGACUCACAUUGCAGUAAUCAGCUCACCUGCCCUCAAUAUCACCUGCUCACUAUUUAAACUCUGCUUAGUGACUCUUUGUCUGUUUGACCAUCAACUACUGGACGCCUGCUUCCCUCCAGGCUCAGAUUCCCACAAAGACUCACAUGGCUUCACACGCUCUGCUCCCUCAUGGACUCUGCUUCCCCACUUCUGGACUCCUUUUUCCUCGACCCUUUUUCUCCGUCUUGUGAGUACCCCUCCUUAGUUUACUUUUGUUAAUCCAGUUUAGUAUUGGUUGACUUCCGUUUCUGUAUUCGUAGUGUUUGCUGGGUUUUGAAUAGUUAAGUUUAGUUUUGUUUCCCCAGUUCAACUCUCCAUUUAUGUACUAGUUUAGUUAUCUUUUUAAAUGAAACUCUUUCCAUUAUUCACCUGUCUGCAAGUCUCUGUGUCUGUGCCUGCGUUGUCCAACUCAGGGCCCAAACCGUCCCUUAAAUAAUCCUGGGUCCGUUUCACGAAGCAGGUUCAACAAACUCUGUGUAAGCCUGAACUCUGAGUUGAUCUACUCUGAGAUAGAAAACUCUGAGUUUUCGGUUUAACAACGGCUGAUUUGAGUUGGUUUAAUCAACUCGGAGUAGUUUCACCCACAGUGCACCGCAACUAUAAAAAGACAGCAUCAAUGGAACCCCGAUUCGACGACUCACCAUGGUGACGGGGGAGCGGAGAGCUACGUUUUUUGUUUUUUUUUACACCACUUGAACUGGACACCUUAAUGCGUUCAUAUGGCGACUUCGAACACGUUUUUAGAAAGAAGUGCAGCACCUGCAGCUGCAAAAGAGAGGGAGACGGCGUGGGAGAACAUUGCUGCCCGAGUCAAUGCGUGCAAUCCUGCGGGGGAGAAGCGCAUGUGGCAGCAGCUGAAGAUGAAAUAUAAGAACAUUGUUCAAACAGCCAACAGAAAGAAAGCAGAUGCCUGUAAAAAGGGAGGAGGCCCAGCACCACCUGUAACGGAGGCAGAGGAGCUGCUCCUAAGCCAGAAUUUGGGAAGGCCAGUGGCUGAGGGAAUCCCUGGAGGGAGCUCAUCCUCUGAGACCACAUCCCAAGACACAAGCAAGAGGAAAAGGUGCAACAGAAAAUUGGACCUUCCAAGCGUCCUUGUGGAGAUGCAGGCUGAGAAGGAGCGGAACCGUGCCCAGCAUGAUGAGAACAUCUGGUUGCUCCUCAGCGAGGCAAGAGAGAAUGAAGCGGCCUUGCAGCGGGAGGAGAUGGCCCAGAAUGCUGCCAUUCCUGGGUGUACUGGGGCAGCUGGUGCAGGCAGUGCUGGGUGUACUGGGGCAGCUGGUGCAGGCAGUGGGCAGCCAGUGAGUCCACCUCCCAGAGACUUGAGAUUUAGUUGUAUAUAGUUUUACUUUUAGCCCUCCACUGUAGGAGAGGCCCACCACAGUUUGUACUUUGCACAUUGUAAAUAGUUUUGAUUUUGCUGCUGACUAAUAAACUAUUUUGUGACUUA